UCCACAAAGACAGACACGUGAGGACACGUUGGGAUAUAAUGGUUGCUUAUAAGACGUGUUGGACUUGACUAGCUGGAGUGUCCCGCAGCGUGUGUGUUCUUAUCAUGGAAGAAUGUUCACCUUUGGGUCCUGGGUCUAAUCCCAGUGACUUCACCCAGCAGCUGAUAAACUGAGAGACCAAAUCGAUAGAGGAAAAACCAGGCUCACCACUCAGCCGCUAUGACAGAAGAAAUGGAGAUCGGGGAUGAGAAAGACUGGACGCAGCUGGAACCCAACGACUCGCUCAAAAUCUUCUUGACUGUGUUUUACAGCCUCGUCCUGGUGACGGGGAUCCUGGGUAAUUCUGUCACCAUCAGAGCAGCGCAAGUGCUGAAGCGAAACGGUUACCUGCAGAAGAACGUGAGCGAGCACAUGGUGAGCCUGGCCUGCUCGGACUUGCUGGUGCUCGUCGUCGGGAUGCCGGUGGAGCUCUACAGCGCCAUAUGGUUCCCCUUCACGUCAGCGUCAGGCGACGCCGCGUGUAAGAUCUACAACUUUAUAUUUGAGGCGUGCAGCUACGCCACCAUCUUCAACGUGGCCACCCUCAGUUUUGAGCGCUACGUGGCGAUCUGCCACCCUUUUCGUUUCAAAGCCUUGGGGCGGAAACGUACAUCAGCCCUCAUCGCCUUCGCCUGGCUGGCGUCCGUGCUCGUGGCCCUGCCGUUGCUGGUUGCCACGGGAACGCAAGGCCACAUUCCUUUUUGGGCAGACACACCCGUCCAGAACCUGACAUUCUGCACAAACCUGAGGGAACGCUGGGUGAUGUACCGCGCCAGCAUCUUCGCGGCUUUCAUCGUCUACAUCGUGGUUUUGGUGUCCGUGGCCUUCAUGUGUCGCGCCAUGAUCCUGGUUCUGCAGAGACCCGUGGGCUCUUUAGAUGGACGCAUCGGUGGAACCCAAACAGCGUCCAAGCAUGAAAGUUCAAAGGUCAAGAUGGCCAGAAAGCAAACCAUCAUAUUUCUUGGCCUGAUUGUGGGGUCCUUGAUGGUGUGCUGGUUUCCCAAUCAGAUCCGUCGUCUUAUGAUGGCCGCUGUGCCCAAAUCCCGCUGGACGACAGCCUACUUUUGGAGCUACGUCACCCUCCACCCGGUGGCUGACACCUUCUUUUAUCUCAGCUCAGUCCUCAACCCAUUUCUGUACAACGUGUCUUCCAGGCAGUUCAGGGAGGUGUUCGUUCAGGUGCUGCAGUGCCGCCUGACAAUAGAACACAUCAACAAACGAACCGUGCAGAACCCCCGCGUCCCCUCCGCACGUUCUCUACGGCCUCUGCUGCUGAAGUCCUUGCGUGGCAGCAGGAAGGCAAAAGAGACUUACCAGAACCAAAGUGACUCGGCAGCACAUUUGGAUGUUCCAUCAUCCCCAAAUGAGUUAGCUCAGGCUCUCACAACAAAGACAAACCUGCCCUCCGGAAUGGAAUAAAUAAAAAUACCUUCAAUGUUAAGACAAAGAAUUAUUCAUCUUCUAGCCAAAGUUGGAGUUUGAGUGAUAUUAUUUUACUGCCUUUGGUUCUGGGGAAAGCACACAAGAGCUAAUUUAAAAAGUCAUGGACGAAAUGGCCAUGUUAAAGACAUGGUUCAAUAAAAACAGAUUAUCCUUGAACUUAAGUAAAACUAAAAUAGUACUGUUUGGCAAUAGCAGAAAGGACACGUACGACCAAAUACAAACAGACGGAGUGGAGAUUGAAAGGGUGAACGAAAACACAUUUCUGGGGGUCAAAACAGAUGAAAAAAUUUGCUGGAUACCUCACAUCAAAAAUAUACAACAUAAGGAAAAUACUUCAAUAUUGAAUAAAGCAAAUUAGUUCUUAAUAAAAAAAUCACUCCACACUCUUUUGCUCUGUGGUGUUACCAUAGCUACCGUAUCAUGUGGAGAUAUGGGGUAAUAACAAUUAAAGCAAUCUUCACUCGCUAAAUGUACUGCAAAAAACAUCAGUGAGGAUAAUUCAUAGAGAAGAACAUACAAAUCCUUUAAUUAUAAAAUCACAAAUAUUAAAAUUUGCCGAUUUAGAAAAUUUACAAACAGCUAAAACAAAGCUAACAAUAACCUAUUACCCAGAAACGUCAUACAAGACUUUUCUAUGAGAGAGGACAAAUAUGAUCUCAGGCAAAAAGUCAACUUGACACACUUAAAUGUGAGAACGACGUUAAAAAUCCACAGCAUUUCAGUAUGUGGGAUCACAUGAUGGAACGGACUGAAUGGUCUUCAUGCUGGAAAUGACACAAGGCUGCACGAAGCUGACUUCCAGAUAUUAAGAGCAUGUGUCCAACAUCCUGCUUGGCCUUUACCAGCACCAAGAAGGUCUUCUCCGGAGGUGCUGACAUUCAACUAGCAGCUCCGCGUCGCCGCUUGUUGAACAGGAAACGAUGAGCAGGUUCACGUCGUGGGGCGUUGGGUGUCGGUGACGUCUUCACGCCGUCCCCAUCAGGGCAAGCAAGCGAGCCUUCUUCUUCUUCUCAACGUCUUCCUGCACAUCGACGCCGUGUACAAUCUGUCCGUCAGCCCGACAACGACAACGUCUUCGCAAGCUCGUCUUCAUCCGGGACACUCGCCAGCCGCCACAAGGAGUUUCAGUGUCAAAACCGCCUUGUGAGCUGUCAACCAUACCAAGAAGCUUUCCUCCCAACAUAGUGAGCUGCUCCUUGUUGAGGCCCCGACCAGUGUUGGCGGAGAACUGCCAGCUGAGCACCUCUGAGAGCUGCGACCAUGUGGCUCG